ACAACCUGCUCCCUGCCGGAUUACUGGGGCUUGGCAGUGGGUUCGCUCCUGGAGCGGCUCAUGUCACAGCUGCCAGGGCCCGAGGGGCUUUAUCCAGGCUGGGAGCGCCGGGCUGGCUGGGAAAGGAGCCCCAGGGGAAAGCCGGACAUCGGUCAGGCACAGAGGCAUUGGCCUGGGUGGGUGCCACCGAGCGGGGGACAGAGCGAGAUGGCAACGUACAGGGAUCGGGUGUUGAAAUCCAGGCUCCCCCGGCCACGGGGCCAGCACUGGCGCCAGCGAGGGCUUCGCGGACUUGCUGCUGCCAAACACUCAAGAGCAGAGAGGACUUGGCACCAGGCCCAGAGAGCAGGGGUGCGCCAGCCACGCCCGCAUGGGACGGGGCCACCCCCCAGCUCCCAGAGUCCCCUGCGCAGCUCUCCCUCACUCCCCCACAGCUCGCAGUCAGCAGCGGGGCUGGGUCAGGAUGGGACAGCCGGGCAGAGCCAAAGGGACCCAACGCAGCAGCCUCCCACAGGGGAAAAUGAAAGUGGCUGCUCAGCCUGGGGUCAUCAAGACUGAAGAGAGGGAGGGAACUGGGCUGCCGGGGCCACUUUUGCUUUCCCUUCGCCUGAGCCCAGCUGGGAACGGGAUCAGCGACAGCACAGAGGUUCGGGGUGCGGCCGCAGGGACGUGGCCCCAGUGCUGAUGAGAGAGCACCGGCUGCCCCAUGAGCUCUACCGUUGCUCUCCUGCUCCUCACCCAGCUCGGCUCCCUGCGGGGGCUGGGGUCAGACAAGCUGCCUGUGGAGCUGCCCGCGACCUCGGAGGCUGUGCUGGGGGGCACGGCGGUGCUGAACUGCACCUACCCGCCUGUGGCGGACCUGAUCCUGUACUGGACCCGGCUGGGGCUGGACAGCGAGAGGAACGUCUACACCUACUACCAAGGGGAACACCUGGUCUCAUAUGACGACCCGGCCUAUCAGGGCCGUGCCACUGUCCCAGCUGGGCAGCCCAGGCGUGGGGACGGGGCCCUCCGGCUACACAACGUGACGCUGGCUGACGAGGGCAGGUACCGGUGCCGGGUAAAGAGCAACCGCGGCAUGGGCAUAAGGGAGACGGAGCUUCGGCUCACAGGUCCCUAUCGUCUAUCCUGGCUCCAGCCCAAGCCCUGCUCCCCCUCCCUGCAGAACGUGACACUGACAUGCCUCGCAGAGGGCGGCUACCCCCUGGCCACAGUCACCAUCCGCGACAGCACUGGCAGGGACUAUGGGGCCAGGACACUGGCGGCCAAGGACCCCCAGGGGCUGUAUAGCGCCGCCCACACGGCUGACGUGCCCUGCUCCCCCACCGCCAGCUACACCUGCAUCGUCAACACCACCUUCCACCAGCAGAACCGCACCGGGAUGCUUGGCCUGGAAGAGCCGCAGCCGGCAUGGAAGGGCUGGUCCGGUGUUGGCGUUGGUGUUGGCAUUGGCUUGGCGGUGGUAGUGCUGGUGAGCGGAGCACUCUGGGUUCGGCAGCAGAGGAGGAAGAGGCAGAAGCACUGGGAACCCCACCCCCCAAGGGAGGCAGAUCCAGCCUGGGAAGAGGCCCUGUUGGAGGGCACCGUCCCCACCUGCAUGAGGAUGGGGGACACACCAGACACCCUCCAGGAGCCACCCCACCUAGCAAACGUCUCGCAACGCACUAGUCGGGUCACUGAGCUCUGCCCCACACCAAGCCCUGGUGUGACGAAGUGGGACUGUUCUUAAUGUUUCCUCUGAAUAUUGUACAGGUGCCUCAGUUUCUCCUAGGCAGUUCGUAAGUCUCUAGGGGGUGGGGUAAGGCAGGGGGUGUGAUUGUUGCAAAGGGCCAGGGUCCAUAAAUGGCCGACACUCUGUCUCCUGGCCACUGAUGGCCUGGCCACUUCCCUCCUGCAAGGUGAGAGCUAAAGGGUUGGAGAACAAAGGAAUCCGGUGACCUUCUGGCCCCGGAAAGGGACAAAGCCCAGAGGAGGGGGGGCUGGAGGGAGUUUCAGUUUGGGGCUGGCUGGGGACGAGGAGUGAAGGGCAGACAGGGUUGUCUGGCUCACUGCCCCCCAAAAUGGAUCCAGCUGAGGGGUCCUGUUCUCUGCACCUGCAAGCUCUGUGUUAGACCAUGUUCCUGUUGUCUAAUAAACCUCCUGUUUCCCCGGCUGGCGGAGAGUCAUGUCUGACUGCGGAGUUGAGGGGCAGGACCCUCUGGCCCCCCUAGGAUCCCGCUUGAGCGGACUCACUGUGGGAAGCGCCCGGAGGGGCAGAGGAGGCUGAAUGCUCCGAGGUCAGACACAGGAAGGUGGAGCCGGGUGAGCUGUGUGUCCUGCAGACAGGCUGCUCCCCGAGAGGAGACUGCCCCAGAGUCCUGCCCGGCUCCGGAGGGAGCAGUUCCAGAGCAUCGCCCAGGGCCUCCGUGACACCUGGGCCCAGCAGUGCCUAGCAGCCCCCUGCAGCUCGGGGCGGACAGAGGGACUAGAGCAGGGAGUGCUGGGAGCCAGGAUGCCUGGGUUCACUUCCUGACGGGCUGAUACGGUUUCCCCCUUCACGGGGCUGGAGCUGAGCUCGGCAUCACUACCCAGCCCCACCCCACUGGGCCCCCGUUCAGUCAAUAAACACGGCUUUGGAAGGGGGAAACACUACAAUACCCACCUGCGGAAGUGAAGAAACAGAUUGACAGAGCCAGAAGAGUUCCCAGAAGUCACCUACUACAGGACAGGCCCAACAAAGAAAAUAACAGAAUGCCACUAGCCGUCACCUUCAGCCCCCAACUAAAACCCCUCCAGCGCAUCAUCAAAGAUCUACAACCUAUCCUGAAGGACGACCCAUCACUCUCACAGAUCUUGGGAGACAGGCCAGUCCUUGCCUACAGACAGCCCCCCAACCUGAAGCAAAUACUCACCAGCAACCACAUACCACACAACAGAACCACUGACCCAGGAACCUAUCCUUGCAACAAAGCCCAUUGCCAACUGUGCCCACAUAUCUAUUCAGGGGACACCAUCACAGGGCCUAAUCACAUCAGCCACACGAUCAGAGGCUCGUUCCCCUGCGCAUCCACCAACGUGAUCUGUGCCAGCAAUGCCCCUCUGCCAUGUACAUCGGCCAAACCGGACAGUCUCUAUGCAAAAGAAUAAAUGGACACAAAUCAGAUGUCAAGAAUUAUAACAUUCAUAAACCAGUCGGAGAACACUUCAAUCUCUCUGGUCACGUGAUUACAGACAUGAAAGUUGCGAUAUUACAACAGAAAAACUUCAAAUCCAGACUCCAGCGAGAAACUGCUGAAUUGGAAUUCAUUUGCAAAUUGGAUACAAUUAACUUAGGCUUGAAUAGAGACUGGGAGUGGCUAAGCCAUUAUGCAAGGUAACCUAUUUCCCCUUGUUUUCCUAACCCCCCCCCCCCCCUUCCUCAGACGUUCUUGUUAAACCCUGGAUUUGUGCUGGAAAUGGCCCACCUUGAUUAUCAUACACAUUGUAUCCUACGCUUUACAUAAGCUAUUACCAGCAGGAGAGUGGGGUGGGGAGAGAGAAAACCUUUUGUAGUGGUAACACCCAUUGUUUCAUGUUCUCUAUGUAUAUAAAUCUCCCCACUGUAUUUUCCACAGUGAGCAUCCGAUGAAGUGAGCUGUAGCUCAGGUGAGCUCAUGCUCAAAUAAAUGUGUUAGUCUCUA